GUGAAAGAGGCGAAUCUUCUCACUCCUCCAAGACCCGGACAGACCCCAAAGCAGGCCCGAUACCCCCCCGACACGGCUCUACGGGCUCCACGGCCUCUCGGGAGCGGCCAUGGCACACUGAUACGCUAAUUCAAGCACUUUUCCACUGUGAACAACACCGAUUUAGCGACAGAAACCAUCGCGCCGCGGCUACAGUUUUGACGUAGCGGUAAACUGUUAGCAUCAGGGGGCUAGCUGAAGACGCGACUAGCCUCACCUCUCCACUACAUCUUGGUGUAUUAUUUCAAGAUGUCAACUGCGGGUUUCAAUUCCCAGAACGGGACGGGAGCAGGGCAGCCCUACGCGAACGGUCCCUCUCAGAACCUUCAGCAGCUGCCCGGGGUGAACUACGGCAUGGCUCCGCUCCAGAACUACAACCAACUCCAGGCCAAAGCACCCAUGGGCCCUGGACUCUACCCUCCAUCUGCCCCAUCUGCCCCCUACCAGUCCCACCCUCCCCAAACCCACCCUCCAGUCAGCUCCUACCAGCCUCUCAUGCCCCGCCCGCCCCUGGGAGGAGGCUCUUUGCCCCAUACCCCUCCCCUCUCUGCCAGCCCAGUGCCCAGAAUGCCCUCUGCUCAGAGCACACCUCCACCACCCCCAGUUUCCUCCAGCGGGUACUAUGCCAGCCCGCACCAGACACCCUCUAUGGGACAGCCCUGGCAGUACAACGCGACGCCCACCAACCCGCCAGCGCCUAUGACCCCGCCCCAUGGACAGCCAGCAACCAAUCACAUGCCUCCACCAAUGUCUAUGGUUCCGCCCACCUCAGCCUACAGUGCCCCGCCCCCAACACACACUGCCACGCUACCCCCAGGACCAGCGCUGCCCCCUACCUCUCUGCAUGCGUACAACCAGCCAGGUGUAGCUCCUCCACCCGUCACCCCUAUGGCCCCCCACACAUACCAACCCGGCAGACCUCCGUACGGUGCCCCUCCUUCUGGAGCGCCACCCAUGGGACCUCCUCCACCCAUGGGUCACCCGCCUUCAAUGAAGCCCACUCCUCCUCCUACAGGACCCCCCAUGGGCAAUGCCACCCCUCCCCCUCCAAAGGCUGACGCUCAGUGGGAUGGGGUCAACCACAUUGCCCCCCCCUCUGAAUCUGAGGAGGGGGAUGUGGAGUGCCCAGGAACAGUAGCUGGCAAUGGCCCCCAGGCUCCCAACAGCUACAAUCACGUGGAGAACAAAACCAGUGGUGCUGCUCAGCCAGGCCCUCCAGGACGACACUUGGGGCACUACCCGUCUCUUCCGCCCGGGUACCAGAGCUCUCCACCUGGGCACACCGCUCAGCCCUACCCCCUCAAACAGCAGCCCUACCAGCAGCCUGGCCCGGCCCAGCUCAGCCCCUCUCUGGCAGCCAUGAGUCUUCAGUCUGGGACCCCUGAGGCUCUGAGGGUCGUGAACCUGCUCCAGGAGAGAAACCUGCUGCCCCCUGGACCCCUCAUCCCUCCCACGCCCUGUCUGCCCCAGGACCUGCAGAGGGUCAACUGCAACCCCGAAGUUUUCCGUUGUACACUGACCAGUAUCCCUCAGACCCAGUCUUUGCUCAACAAGGCCAAGCUGCCCCUGGGUCUGCUGCUGCACCCGUUCAAAGACCUCUCGCAGCUGCCGGUGGUGACGUCCAGUACGAUUGUGCGGUGUCGCUCAUGUCGGACAUACAUAAAUCCUUUUGUAUCGUUUUUGGACCAGAGACGGUGGAAGUGUAACCUGUGCUACAGAGUCAACGAAGUUCCAGAGGAGUUCAUGUAUAACCCAGUGAGCAGAGCAUACGGAGAGCCCCAUAAGAGACCAGAGGUUCAGAACGCAACCAUCGAGUUCAUUGCGCCCUCAGAAUACAUGUUAAGACCUCCGCAGCCGGCCGUGUACCUGUUUGUUCUGGAUGUGUCUCAUAAUGCUGUGGAAACCGGAUAUCUGCACGUCUUCUGUCAGUCUCUGCUCGACAACUUAAACUCACUUCCCGGAGACUCUCGAACUAAAGUGGGCUUCAUCACAUUCGACAGCACCAUUCACUUCUAUAACCUCCAGGAGGGUCUCUCACAGCCACAGAUGCUCAUAGUGUCUGAUAUAGAAGAUAUAUUUUUACCAACACCAGACAGCCUUCUAGUAAACCUUAAUGAGAGUAAAGAGUUGGUGCAGGACCUCUUAAAGAGCCUGCCUACUCUGUUUGAGAAGACCAUGGAGACUCAGUCGGCUCUGGGCUCCGCGCUGCAGGCUGCAUUCAAGCUGCUGUCACCCACUGGGGGGCGCAUGUCAGUGUUUCAGACCCAGCUUCCAAACCUUGGGGCUGGAGCACUGCAGUCCAGAGAAGACCCCAACCAGAGGGCCGCCGCAAAGGAUGUGCAGCACUUGUCUCCAGCCACAGACUUCUAUAAGAAACUGGCUCUGGACUGUUCUGGCCAGCAGGUGGCAGUAGACCUGUUCCUGCUCAGCGCUCAGUACUGUGACCUGGCCUCCCUCGGCUGCAUCUCCAGAUACUCUGCAGGCUCUGUGUAUUAUUACCCCUCGUACCAUCAGCAGCACAACAUCGCUCAGGUUGAACGCUUCCAGAAGGAUCUAAAGAGAUAUUUAACACGAAAGAUCGGCUUUGAGGCAGUCAUGAGGAUACGCUGCACUAAAGGCCUGUCGAUCCACACGUUCCAUGGGAAUUUCUUUGUCCGCUCCACAGACCUACUUUCGCUCCCAAACGUGAAUCCAGAUGCCGGAUUCGCUGUUCAGAUGUCCAUUGAUGAAAACCUAGAUGACCUGCAGCUAGUGUCCUUCCAGGCUGCACUGCUGUACACCUCCAGCAAAGGAGAGCGAAGGAUCCGAGUGCACACGCUGUGUUUGCCGGUGGUGAAUUCUCUGUCUGAUGUUUUUGCUGGAGCUGAUGUUCAGGCCAUCAGUGGACUCUUGGCCUGUAUGGCUGUGGACCGUUCGGUGACAGCGAGCCUGAGUGAUGCCCGAGACGCUCUGACGAACGCAGCCAUAGACUCUCUAUUGUGUUAUAGACAGUCUGUCCUGACCAUCCAGCAGCCCGGGCUCCUGGCCCCCGCCUGUUUAAGACUGUUCCCUCUCUAUGUGCUUGCGCUGCACAAACAGAAAGCCUUCAGAGUGGGGACGAGCACCAGACUGGACGACCGCGUGUUUGCCAUGUGUCAGCUCAAGUACCAGCCGCUGGUCUACGCCAUGUUAAUGAUCCACCCGGCACUUUACAGAGUGGACGAUCUCACUGACGAGGGCGCUUUAAACAUAAACGACCGUACGAUCCCUCAGCCCAGAGUCCUGCAGCUGUCUGUGGAGAAGCUCUGCAGAGAGGGGGCGUUUCUGAUGGACGCAGGGACGGUGAUGUAUUUGUGGAUUGGUAGAAACUGUAACCCCGCCUUCCUCACACAAGUCCUGGGCGUGCCGAGCUACGCCGCCGUGCCUGAAAACCUGUAUCUCCUCCCAGAACUGGACACAGCAGAGUCCCAAAGAGUGAGAGCGUUUGUGGGGUGGCUCAAGGACCAGAGACCCUUCGCUCCCACACUACACAUCAUCAGAGACGAGAGCCAGUUGAAGACCAGCUUUUUGCAGAACAUGAUCGAGGACCGAACGGAGUCUGCGCUGUCCUAUUACGAAUUCCUUCUUCAUCUGCAACAACAGAUCUCCAAAUAAUCCAGAUGCCCCGCCCCUCUCACCCUUCUCCUUUCCCGUGUGUGCAGAUCUAUGUAAAUCAGCGCGAAUGUGGGACAAAAAUAAACUCUAAUCUAACUUUUCAGACUGACCAAUCAGAGAGAAGGAAUGAACGACUUAUUUUGAAGCUACUGGCGCUUUUUUGUAUCCAGCUAAAGAAUCAGAUGGCGAACUACAACCCAAAGGUGAUCCAAGUCCAUAGAGAUCUAAUGACUCAGUGUUUUUCUCAUAGAACAAUGCUGUGUAAAUGUCCCCAGGCAUGAAGAUACGCAGGAUUGGUGGUUUUCUCUCACUUUCUUCACUAAAAAUGAUUCAAAAACGGAGAUGUUCUGAUACCACUUUGUAAGGAGAUGUAGCAGUAAUUAAUAUUUGUGAAAUUAGUCUUGUACCUUAUGGUUAAACUUACAAAAUUUACAAAUCAAGGAUAUAUGAAGGAAGUAAACUAAAGCAAUAUUCAAAGUUGUACGUACUGUUUCCUGAUCUAUGUUAUAAUGUUUCCUCAUCAAAAACAUACCCAGAGUUUUGUUUUGCUUCAUCCACACAUGUUUAACAGUUCCUCUCUCAAACAGAAAACACUCAGUUCCACCUUGUGAUGUCAUGUGGUAAUACAGGAAGUGCUCCACUGUUUUUCAAAACUCCAUACUCUUUGACUAGAAUCAUUUAGAUCAUUUCAGCUCUGGAAUUUCAAAUCUCUACUGAACAAAAGGUAAAAGGUCGCCGUUAACUUGAAAACCAUCGCUUCGUGACAUCACAAGGUGGAACAGAGUAUUUUGAGCUUUGGAGAUGUAGACAGACACAGACAGAUAAUACAGGAUUAUUCAAACAUGUGAGUGAAACAAACACAACUCCAGGUAUGUUUCUGAUGUUUCUAACAACAGCAACAACAUUUAUAACAUGGCUCAAUGUCAAUUUUGCGUAAUAUUGGACCUUUUAACAAAUUUGUCCAUUUGUUUCAAAUUAAAUCCGACCAGAUCUAUACAGUGCAAGUAUCUAUAUAUUGUGUAUCUAAUAGCUAAACUCAAUUAGACACUACAAUUCCCAGUAAUGACAAAACAAAGUACUUAAGUGUAUCUGAACACCCCUGUUUUUCAGUGAAGACCUACUUUUGAGACUGUUAGUGGGCGUCAACAGAGCAUUUAAAUGUCUAUUCACUAUAAUGUGUUUGUAUGAGGUAGCCAUAUUGGAUUGUCCACUGUAUUUAUAAUCUAAAGUGCAGGUCUAAACUUAAAUGAAAUCGCAAUAAAAACUUACAUUUUAAAGGGGGAAUGCAAUCUCAAAGUUAUAAAUAAUUAAACGGUUAUCUAUUUAAACGUUUUUCUUAUUUUUAACAGUAAUUUUGCAAUAAAACUCCAGUACCAGUCUAACAAUUAUAGUCAGAAGGUUGUUGGUUCAAAUUCUGGACAGUGCUUGGGUGAAAGAUGGGUCAAAAUUCAGAUUAAAAAUUUAAGUUGCACUGUGUAACUUUUCUGCUUGAGUGUCCGCUACCUGCUUGUUUCCAUGGAGAUGUUAUAUAUAUCUUGUAAUUAUUGAACUACUUUUAGUACCGAACGAUACAGCUUCAAAAAAACAAUCCACAGAACUGGCAAUUAUUCAGCCCAGUGGCAUCACCUGCUCGUCUCCAUGGAGAUAAAUUUAAUGCCAUACUGUGGAACAUUCUAGGUAAAGCAACACCAGAAAAGUUACAUGUUACGCCUGUAUUUUACUUGCGUAGCUAUGUAAAAAUGUUUGGUCGAUCCUUUUGGCGUAAUUUGGUUAAAAAUGUCAUUAGAGCACUGCUAGUACCUCAUACAAAUGCAUUUCACAUGUUUAUACAGGAGUGUGGUUUUUAUUAUAGUCAUUAUAUUUGUGUGUCGACAAAAUUCUAGUUUAUUUUUGAAAUUGUUGAAUUGUCUGAAGUCAGAUGGACAUUAGUGGUCGUGAAAGAGCAAAAAGGUUGCGUGUUAUCCUUUUGAAAAUGUCCUGUUUUUUCAUCAAUUCACUGCAAAAACUACAUUUCUACAUGACUUAAAAUGGCUUAAAUUCAAAUUUUUAAUCUUGUUUUGAGCAGUGUUGACAACUGCAUUAACUAAAAAAUAUCACAAAACAAGUCUGAAAUAUUGGCCAAAUUUGUUAACGACUACUACUUUUGAAACCACAAUUUUCUGCUUAUAGGGUUUGAAAAAAUUGCACUUAAUGUGUGUUUUUUCUUUGUAUUUAAACCCAAGUUCCAAUAAUCCAUUAAAUAAGGAAAAAAAACUCAAAUAUAUUACAGAUACAUAUUUUGUUGACCUUACCAUCAAAACAAGAUUAAAGAUGCACUAUUUAACUUAAAAUUUGGAGGGCUCGCCACCUGCUUGUCUCCAUGGAGAUGCUAUUGCUUUGCCCGGAAUGUUCCGCAGUAUGGCAUUAAACAUAAAAAUCCUGCAUUUAUUCAACUCAUGUUUUCUACCGUCAAAAACAUGCAUCGUUACUGUGAGCGGGCUGCCUCUCCACAGAUCAGACCUGUAUCUAGGUAACUCACACGUUUUAAUGCUAUACUGCACAACAUUCAAGGCAAAACAAGUGUCACCAUGGAGACAAGCAGGUCCUCCAGAAAUGUUACGUAGUUCGCCUGUAAAAUUCAAGUCAUUGUAACAUGUACAGUAGCUUUUUGUAGUGUCGACUUUCAGAAAUCCUAGUUUUGUUUCUUUUGACAGUUGUUUAAUUUAAAACUCCCGAUCAGAUUAAAUGCUCUAAUUGCCUUGUACGAGAACUCACUUUUUAUUUUUAUUAUAAUUAUUAAGCCUCUGUCUCUAUAUAUGAAAUAUUUUAAUAUAAUAGGAUAUGGGGAAUCUAACAGACAUAACGAAGCCAUUGUGAUCUUUUAAACAUGCUUAUUGAUACUUGUACAUUGAACAGACUGCGUUAUAUAAAGGUAAUUAUGAUUUUAGUAUAAACUUAAGGUGAAAUGACGCUACAAUAAAAUGUUUGGGACUUUUUA